AUGCAGCAGGAGCUACCCCUGGCCGGGUACGACCAACUCAGGCCCCUAGGAACUCCCGCAGCACGCCUGCCCACGCAAAUUGUGCCGCCUAUCCCCCGCGCGCCGGAGUUCCUCAGACAACCCAGCGAGCAAAGUUCUGGCCUUCACUCUCAAGUCAACGCGCUCGCAGGCCCGUCGUCUAGGCCUCAGGAUGUCCCCUUGAACACCGUUUCCAAAGAGAGUCUAGAGCCUACUCUUCCGACCAGCUCCCCAAUUCUUCCUGGUCCUACGCCUCCGGACGAACCCAGAUCAAAUCCUCCACCCCCUCGUAUCACGUGCAAAGGAUGGAGCGUCCCAGAGCUUUGUGGAAAGUAUACCAAUUUCCGCGAGGUCCGCAGAGUGAAGGCGUCAGCGCUCUCCGAGGAUCCUUCGCAGGUCUUGGACGACUACGAGCGCAAGGGUGAACCGCUUAUCGUAGAGGGUUUGCACCAGCACUCGAGUUGGAGAGAGGACAUAUUGAAUAUGGAGUGGUUGCUUAAGAACGCCGGCGAUAAAGAGAUCCAUGUUCGUAACGUGCACAAUCGGAAGGAUUACCCGACGACCUUUGCCGAGUUCGUCCGUAUGUCGCGCGACCAGGAUGUGUACAACAGUCCUGGAGAGACACAGAGGCUAUACUGGAAGGACGCGGACUGCCCGACCGAAUGGAAGGAAUGGCUUGCAGAGCUCCUUCCUGCGGAGUUGCUGCCAGGCUGCUCUAGUGAUCUCCUUCGUCACCUCUAUCCUUCUGAAGCGGUCGAGUCGCUCAUGUGCUACCUCGGCAUAGGCGACACUUUCACGGCGGCGCACAAGGACCUGUGCUCCUCCUCCGGUCAUAACCUCAUGUGCUUCUCCGAGAAUGGCGGUUCCUCGUUUUGGUUCAUGACCGAAUCCAACGCUGCUCCUCAGGCCGCCGAGUGGUUCCAGAAAGAACUUGGUCAGGAGCUCGAUUGGGAGACGCACGUCACUACGGUCGAUGAACUUGGCAAGGCCCCAUUCAACGUGUACAUUGCUGAGCAGAAGGUCGGAGACCUCGUUCUCGUCCCGCCGAGAAGCGUCCACCAAGUCGUUAACCAAGGCGGACUGGCGAUGAAGACGAGCUGGUCCCGGAUGACACUUCAUGGGUUGAGAAGCGCUCUCCACCACGAAUUGCCGGUGUAUCGCAGGGUAUGCCGUCCGGAGCAAUACAGAGUGAAGACGAUUCUGUAUCGUACCAUGCUUCAUCACACCCAACGGCUGCAGUCCGCCGUUAUGGAAACGUCUACCACACCCUCGCCACAGCCGACGAACGAGGAUCGCGCCAAGUCAUUGCGUGACCUCAUCCAGCUCUUCGACGAGGUCCUUCGGGAAGAGUACGCGUCCUGCCACAAGAAACUCAAACGCGUCAUUGGUUCCAGCGAUUGCUCCGGCUGGUCGGUGGCGACCGAAGCGUCCACCUCGCGUAAAAUCGUGCUUGUUCCACCACGCGACGCGCGCGACCGAACCGAGAAGCAUCGCGUCAGCGCGUGCAACUUCGCGUGUGACUUCUGCGGCGCGGACAUCUUUCAAAGUUUCUUCGAGUGCCGGGCAUGUUCGGCGGCGCCUGAGGAGUGCACGCGGCCAGGGGACGGGUUGUUAAUCUGUCCUGCGUGCUAUGUCGAAGGACGUAGCUGCGCCUGCGAUGGGAUGGAGCCCGUGCAGUGUCGGCCGCUCCAGGUCCUCAUCGAUGACCGCAAUCGUGCGGCGGCGGUGUUGCGUGAAGUCGGUAACAAUCUGAGCGGAGACGGCCUCGAGGACCUCCGACCAAGGUGUGUCGCUAUAGCAAGAAGUUCAUCGGCGUUUCUCACCGAACCACAGUGA